UUAAAGAUUUAAAUGUGGUUCUUUACCAGGGACAUUUAUUAGAAUAGAGUAACCUAGCCAGUCUCUCCUCCUUAAUCGUAUUGAGAAUGUGGUUAAAGGUGAAUUUAGCUUUUCAUAGAGGUCAGCAAGUAAACGCGAGCUGUUCCCAAGAAUCUACUUCUUACAUUAGAGAUGUUUGCAAAGGCACAUUUUAAAUGAGAUAUAAAAAGAUAAAUAAUUUGUUACAAGAAAUUGGCCAAAAUAAUAGAAAAAGGGAGGGGCUCAAAAACAAAGUUGUACCAUAGUUCCCAAAAGCUGGUACCUGUUUGCAUUGUGACUUUUCUUGGGAAAAAUUUUUCUUCCUUUUAAAAUGCAGUGUGGCUAAAAGGUUAGCAGAUCUUUUCCUUUGCUGCUCUGUUUUUUAGGCAGUGUUACUUGUUGCAAAAAUGAUCCCAGAUGAGUAAAUUAGAUCCAGACUUGAGCAACUGUAAAUACGUAGGGAUCCCAUGCUUAGGGCUCCCUGAUUGCAGUGCUCUAAUAACUGGCAUGUCUCUUGUGGGGACCAAGGAAGGCCUACAGAGGGGUACAGAGGGGUACUAGGGAUAUUGGUUCAUGUGGGGCAGGAGGCUUCUAAGCCAAGGUUGUCCCCUGCACCACUGAUGUGGAUUUACCUUCAUACAUCUGAAACAUCCUGGGAAGAAAGGCCAUGUGGACUGCUACACAGACUGCUGGUAGAUGGACUCCAACCGAGAGGAUGCCUCAUGCUGCCCAGCUGGAGCAAAGACUCUGGAGAGUGUUGUGCUUAGUAAAAUGAAUUUUGAGUCUUUUGUAAAAGACCUUCUUCUAGUUCGUCAGUAUAGAGUUGAAGUUUACAAGAAUAGAGCUGGAAAUAAGGCCUCCAAGGAAAAUGAUUGGUAUUUAGCAUUUAAGGCUUCUCCCGGCAAUCUUUCUCAGUUUGAGGACAUUCUCUUUGGUAAUAAUGACAUGUCAUCUUCCAUUGGUGUUGUGGGUAUUAAAAUGUCCACAGUCGAUGGCCAGAGACAGGUUGGAGUUGGGUAUGUUGACUCCAUACAGCGGAAGCUAGGACUGUGUGAGUUUCCCGAUAAUGAUCAGUUCUCCAAUCUUGAGGCGCUCCUGAUUCAGAUUGGACCAAAGGAAUGUGUUCUGCCAGGAGGAGAGACCACUGGAGACAUGGCUAAACUGAGGCAGGUUAUUCAGAGAGGAGGAAUUCUGAUCACAGAUAGAAAAAGAACUGAAUUUUCCUCAAAGGACAUUUAUCAGGACCUCAAUCGUUUGUUGAAAGCCAAAAAGGGAGAUCAGAUGAAUAGUGCUGUCUUGCCAGAAAUGGAGAAUCAGGUUGCAGUUUCAUCACUGUCUGCAGUAAUCAAGUUUUUAGAACUCUUAUCAGAUGACUCAAAUUUUGGGCAGUUUGAACUGACUACUUUUGACUUCAACCAGUACAUGAAACUGGAUAUUGCAGCAGUAAGAGCCCUGAACCUUUUCCAGGGUUCUGUUGAAGAUACCACUGGGUCUCAGUCUCUGGCUGCGUUGCUGAAUAAAUGCAAAACCGCUCAAGGACAAAGACUGGUUAAUCAGUGGAUUAAGCAGCCUCUCAUGGAUAAGAACAGAAUAGAAGAGAGAUUAAAUUUAGUGGAAGCUUUUGUAGAAGAUGCAGAAUUGAGGCAGAGUUUACAAGAAGAUUUACUUCGUCGAUUCCCAGAUCUUAACCGACUUGCCAAGAAAUUUCAGAGACAAGCAGCAAAUUUACAAGACUGUUACCGGAUCUAUCAGGGUAUAAAUCAACUACCUAAUGUUAUACAGGCUUUGGAAAAAUAUGAAGGAAAACACCAGACAUUGUUGUUGGCAGUUUUUGUGACUCCUCUUAUUGAUCUUCGUUCUGAUUUCUCCAAGUUUCAGGAAAUGAUAGAAACAACUUUAGAUAUGGCUCAGGUAGAAAACCAUGAAUUCCUUGUAAAACCUUCUUUUGAUCCUAAUCUGAGUGAAUUAAGAGAAGUAAUGGAUGACUUGGAAAAGAAGAUGCAGGCAACAUUAAUGAGUGCAGCCAGAGACUUAGGCUUGGAACCUGGCAGACAGAUUAAACUGGAUUCCAGUGCACAGUUUGGAUAUUACUUUCGUGUAACUUGUAAGGAAGAAAAAGUCCUUCGAAACAAUAAAAACUUCAGUACAGUAGAUAUCCAGAAGAAUGGUGUUAAAUUUACUAACAGUAAAUUGACUUCUCUCAAUGAAGAAUAUACCAAGAAUAAAACUGAAUAUGAGGAAGCCCAGGAUGCCAUUGUUAAAGAAAUUGUCAACAUUUCUUCAGGCUAUGUAGAACCAAUGCAGACACUUAAUGAUGUAUUGGCUCAGCUGGAUGCUGUUGUCAGCUUUGCUCACGUGUCAAAUGGAGCACCUAUUCCAUAUGUACGGCCAGUCAUUUUGGAGAAAGGACAAGGACGAAUUAUAUUGAAAGCAUCCAGACAUGCCUGUGUUGAAGUCCAAGAUGAAGUUGCAUUUAUUCCUAAUGACGUUCACUUUGAAAAAGAUAAACAGAUGUUCCAUAUCAUUACUGGCCCCAAUAUGGGAGGUAAAUCAACAUAUAUUCGCCAAACUGGUGUGAUAGUUCUUAUGGCACAAAUUGGAUGUUUUGUGCCGUGCGAGUUGGCAGAAGUGUCCAUUGUGGACUGCAUUUUGGCUCGGGUAGGGGCUGGUGACAGUCAGUUGAAAGGAGUCUCCACGUUCAUGGCUGAAAUGUUGGAAACUGCUUCUAUUCUCAGGUCUGCAACCAAAGAUUCUUUAAUAAUCAUAGAUGAAUUGGGAAGAGGGACCUCUACCUAUGAUGGAUUUGGGUUAGCAUGGGCUAUAUCAGAGUACAUUGCCACAAAGAUUGGUGCUUUUUGCAUGUUUGCAACCCAUUUUCAUGAACUUACUGCCUUGGCCAAUCAGAUACCAACUGUUAAUAAUCUACAUGUCACAGCACUAACCACUGAAGAGACCUUAACUAUGCUUUAUCAGGUGAAGAAAGGUGCCUGUGAUCAGAGUUUUGGGAUUCAUGUUGCAGAGCUUGCUAACUUUCCUAGGCAUGUAAUAGAGUGUGCUAAGCAGAAAGCCCUGGAACUGGAGAGAUUUCAGAAUAUUGGGAAAUCUCAAGAAUAUGAUGAAACAGAACCAGCAGCAAAGAAAUGCUAUCUGGAAAGAGAGCAAGGUGAAAAAAUUAUUCAGGAAUUUCUCUCUAAGGUGAAGCAACUGGCCUUUACUGAAAUAUCGGAAGAAAACAUCACAGUGAAGUUAAAACAGCUGAAAGCUGAGGUGAUAGCAAAGAAUAAUAGGUUUGUAAAUGAAAUCAUCUCGCGAAUAACAGUUACUAUGUGAGAGAAUCCCACUGAUGGAAUGAAGAUUAUAUUGAUAAGCUAUUGUCUAUGACACUUUUGUAUUGUUUUAUAUUUUGCCCUUUUUCCAUAGUAUUAGCAGUUUAUGUCCAUGGGAUAUCAACUUUAAAUAAUGUAUUUAGUAACAAUACUUUGCUCUUAAGAACAUUUUCAUGGAUGUUCAUUUUGAAAAACAAGAGCUGUAACUGAGGAAUACGUAAAUGGACAUAGGCAAGAGUAAGUAAUAGGUUGAAUUUUAUAAAUAAAAUCAUGUAGUUUGUGGAAUUUGAAACGCAUUCAAUUUCUUUAUAAUAUGACUUUUAUAUAUAUUGCCAUGUUAAUUAUAGAAGGAUCAUAAAAUAAUUAGGUAGUAAUUCUCAAUUGCCAUUAGAUGUUAGAUAUACUGCCCCAUGUAUCUAACCAGCCCAAGCAUGAAUAUUUAUUCCUCCAUGGUAAGGAAGAAACAAGUAGCCCAGUGACCUUGUAAAAAGCCAAGGAUCUUAUUAAAUCAUCUUUGGUGAUUCUCUGGUGUCUGUCUGGAGGAGACAUAUGCAUUGGCCAAGGAACCUGUUACAAACCUAGAGUGCUAGUGUAUUCUGUGCUCUGUCCACCAUCCUCCUAGUCUUGGUCUGUUUUUACAAACCCUGCAGAUUGGGAUCCUGAUACAGUCUACUUUUACAGGAAAGCGAUAGAUUAAGAGUUAGUGGCUGGCCUUGCAAAAAUGAGGGGUUUAAAGACAGUGUAUAUGACAUCAGGUAAGGAAAGGUUUUGUUUUUUUUUUUUUUAAGUCACAAAAAUCAAUAUCUAUAACAAUUGACAUAUUUAUAUCAAAAUUAACUACUUCUGUUCAUUAAAAGGCAGCACAAAGUGAAAAGACAGGAUCCAUGUAGGAGAACAUAUUUUUACCAGAUAAAAUAUCAAAGGAUUUAUAUCUAGAAUAUGAAAGAGCCCCUAUAGAAAUCACUAAGUAAAGGGCACUUUGCCCAGGAGGAAAUCUAAAUGGUCCAUUAGCAUGAAAAUAUCCUUAUUCAUUAGUCAGAAAAGCAAACAUGAAAACUUUACUGUGCUACCUCUGCAGCUCCACCAGACUGGCAAAUAUUUGGAGUAUGGCAGUGCCGGCAAUUGGCAAGUUACGUGGAGCAGCACUGCAGGUGGGAGCACAACCCUUUGGGAAAUAGAUUAUUUGAUAAAGUUUAAAAUAGUCAUAUCAUCUGACCCGGCAGUUCUACUCCCAAGUGCAUAUUCUAGAGACGCCUGUGCACGUUGGGCUACGGCAUGUGUGGAACAAUGUUCGUGAUAACGCAAAACUACCAUGAAAUUUUAACUACAGCUACAGAAAAUAACAUAGUUGGAAUCUUAAAAACAAAGAUUCAAGAAAGAUGCAGUUUUUUCUCGUUCAUAUAAAGCUCACCAAUAGGUAAAAUGAUAUUGUUUAGGGGUGCAUUCAUAGGGAAUGAAGUUAGAAAAACAAGAAAUUUAUGUAAUGAAGAGAGUGGUUGUCUCCAUCUAGGGGUGGUAUGAGGAGUUGGUGGGGACAGAGCAUAUCAGGUUAUGUUUUUUGUUUUUUUUACCCAAGUAGUGGUUUAUGCUUGCUGUUUAUAACUAUUGUUAAACUUUUCAAUUAUGUCUUAUGCACUUAGUUUGAUUAUUAAACAAAUUGAAAUUUAA